AUGAAGUCUGAGUUUAAUCACAAAAGCAAAUGCGAUAUUACCCUCUUGUGUGCGGCUUUCGUAAUAAGAGGAGCGGAGGUUACAAAAAAACCCGUAUCAAAACCCAAACGAUCAGUCCUAUCCUCAAAAUUACACCCUGUUCAUUCUUACGACGACCUUACCGACAAUGAAAGCAACCUGGCAAAGGGGAAUCCCUGGUACUUUAACCCCAAUAGCGACUCUAGACCUAAGAUGGCGCCUCGCAUCAACGACUACCAACUCGCGGAUGAAUCUCUGGCGAAAGCCAAACAGGACUACCAACUUUACCCACUGGCGAAAGAAUUGUACGUUCUGAGGAACCACCCAGCGUUCCGAGAGGUCAAAAAUCGGGAUGUUAGGCGCAUGAGCCCAACAUCGGCGAUUUUGGGCUUCAAAGCUCAUUUGCAUCAUGAUGUUGGUGACAUUGGAAGAUCUUUUGUCCACAGGCCGACCAAGAAGGACCUGGAGAACGAGGAGUACCAGAAUCCACUCCAGCUUUUAGACGAUGCUGAUGAUCAGGACGUAAAUCAGUUGCCUGUUCAGCUGCUGGAUGACGUUGAUAAGGUAGAUCACGGACCAAUCCGCAGGCAAUAUUCAGACCUGGGCUAUGACGAAGGCUACCUAGACAAGGACCAGAUGGAACACUACCUGACUAUGAAUCGAAAGCCGUUAGAGUUUGACAAAAGCUUCCGGAGAUACUUUAACUCUGAUCGGCAUGAUAAUCUGGACUAUUUAGAAAAGUAUUCCAAGGCGAUGGAUCGCCUGGGACGUAACUCCCUGGUGUUGGAUGAUGCGGCGAACGGAGGUACAUCAAGGGAUGGAGUGGAUAAUGGUGAAGUUAGAUCCAAGUCACUGGCAAUGGCGAUUGAACCGCUGAAUGGACAACUUCAGCAGCUGGUGGAUUCGGUCCAGCAGAUCAACGAGCAGCUGAGGGAGCAGGAAAAGCGUGAAGUUAAGGGCAAGGAAUCCAGGAGGAAGCGGCAAGUUUCUGAUGAUGACUGUAAAGAUUACGUGAACGUUGAAGCGGAUGUUAAACAUCCGUUGGAGCAGACGGUGACUUGCACUUGCUACCGGGUUGAAGAAACUAGUUCAGGUGGUAGUACUAAAUCUGUUCCUGGUGCUCCUUCUACAACGCAAGCUACUACGGGUAUAGACGCGAUUUUGGGUGGAAUCAACUCGAUAUUGCCGAGUACGCUUAGUCCUGAGACAUCUACCAGCUGUCCAGUGAUACAAAAUGUUCGUGUUGAAGAAAUAAUGGACGCUGGUGGAAGAACUAACUGUUCCUACAGAUUCUUGAGAACUAAUGAUGUGAAAUUGUUGGAAAUGCUGUUACCGGUUGUAAUGAUUCAGAACGUGACGGCAGAGGGCAUCAUGGUGAAGGUUCCUAGUCGUAGGGAGAGGUUCGUCAGUCUGGAGGCUGGAAAUAUUGACGAGAGCCUCAAGAAAUUGGGAAAAGAACGGCGUUGGGGUUUGAAGUUAAAGAACCAGCUUAGGAACGCUGACAAUAAGAGAUGGAGCAUCAGGCUGAAUUUACCAGGUGUCGAACAGCUUAAAAAUUCGGUUAAGAGGAAAGCUGAGGAGAAACAGAAUGAUGGAGAACUGUUGAAUACGUACUUGGAGAUGCUGGACAAGGAAGAGGAGCAAGAGAUGAAGGAUUAUGAGGAAGGAAAGAAGGAAAAAAGGUCACCGGAGGGUAAAGUCGAGAAGAAAUUGAGUGGAAGUCAAGGCCAGGUGGUCAAAGUUGGAAGAAGGCUGAUGGCGGUGGAAGAAGAUGAGGAGGAAGAAGAUAAAGAGAAGGAAGAAAAGAAAAAGGAAAAUAAAAUUCCUUUUGGUUUGGCUAUUUUGAAAAUCUGCGAUGUAACGAUUCCAGAUCCUUUUGAUCUGUUGAAGAAGAGUGAGACUAACAAGAAGAAUAAGACGGAUAAAGUUAAAGGGAAGCUAUCGCCGUUUAAAAUACCUGGGAUUCAUGAGCUUGCGAAAGUUGCGAAGGAGAAGAUGAAGUACACUCCCAGUACGGAAUUCCCGACUGUCACUAUUGGAGAUCCUAUGGAUAUGCUGGAGGAAGAGAUGAAACAAGAAAAGACGAAGGAAGAGAAGGGUGGUAAGGCUAAAAGUUCAGGAUCGGGACGUGUUAUUGAGUAUUUUAAGAGUAAGAAAAUUCCUGGUCCUUUUGAGUUGGCUAAAGCCGUGAAAGCGAGAAAGGAAAAGGAGAAAGAGAAAGAAAAAGAAAAGGAGACGAAAAAGACGACUUCAAAGAAACCGGAACGUAGUGUACGGUACAAAAGAUUCGGAAAGAAAGACCCAACAGAUUAUUAUAUGCUGGAUCUGACCCAAACAGGAGACUCUGAUUUAGGAGACUUUAACCUACCCGGUAUGCCUGCAGUUUCUAACUUCAUUGAAGAUGAGCCUUCGACGGAGUAUUUGGCGUACACUCUGCCCGACUUUGACGUAAACAAAGAAUCUGAUCACUCUGACUUGAACUCUGAGCAGACGACCCCGAUGUUCAUGGACGAUCUUACCGUGUCUAUGUUGACGAUCUACCCUGACACAGAGUUAGCUCCAGAAACUAGUAAGUCGCGGUUAAAAACAUCUAUUUUGAGUCACGAGGCUGUUGAGACGGAAGAUUCUAAUUUGCUAGAAGUUACAGAAGGGACUCCAAGUAUGAAGAAAACUAAUCCUGCUAUUUUUGAAACAGAGACGUCCAUUUUGCUGGAGUUGGAGAUUGGUCUCAUGACUGGAGCUCCAACAAAUCCGACUACGGUAGGGACUACUAUGUCUAGUACUACUGCUAGUACUAUUAGUUCUACUACUGACGCAAUCGUUGGAUUAACCAAAGAAAAUGACACUGCGGGAUUCAUUGAAUGCAUGUCAUAUACUGAAUCUUCUACAGAAUCAACGACAACUGAGUCAACUUUAGAGACUAAUGCCACAGAGACUGAAACCAGCAAAACAACAGAAACAGAGACUACGACUCCUGAAACAACUAGCACUACCGAAACGACCAGCACAACUUUGAUGACAACUUCGACUACCGUAGCAACAACGAAAAGUAGAUGUGAAAUCUCUAAAGAACAGCUUCUAAAACAGAGUGAAAAGCUGGAAAAACUCAUCAAAGACCUAGUUGAUAAGGAAAGAAAGCUGGUCUAUGAAGAGGACGAAGCAGGACAGCUUAUGCGAACCUGGCAAGACCAAAGAGAACGAUGUGGAUUCCUCUGGGACCUCUUCUUUCCUAGACCACCUCCAAGACCUAGACCAACUAAACCUACCAGAAGACCACCUACGACUAUUGGUAGGUUAAAUAUACUGAGUACUCCAGUCCUACCAAUUGAAGCUACUAAAAGUAUUAUCAGUAAAGCUGAAGAAGAAGAGGUGACAACCGCUUCUGUUUCACAGCUGACUGAAAGAGAAACAUCACCAACUGAAGGUCAUACUUUGAAAACAGAGUCUCCCAGCACAGAGACUGUUCCUCAGCUAACGGAAACGGAAACAUCACCAACCGAAGAAAGUACUCUAAGAACAGAGCCUCCGAUUCCCAGCCCUGAAACUGCUACUCAGCUGACAGAAACAGAAACAUUCCUAACCGAAGAAAGUACUUCUAGAAGAGAGUCGCCAAGUCCUAACACGGAAACUGUUUCUCAGCUGACUGAAACAGAAAUAUCAGCUACCGAAGGAAGUACUUCAACAGCAGAGUCUCCAAGUUUCAGCACAGAGUUUGUUUUGUCAAGAACAACAUCAGUCACUCAACAGACAACGGAAACUGGAAAAUCAACAACAACGGAGCAUUUUUUAUCAUCGAUCACGAACAACGAAAGUUCUGCAUCUGUAAAAGAGUCACCAAGCUCAACAUUGCCAACAAAUACUCCUAGUUCGUCUUCAUUGCAGACGAGUGAAACUAGUGAAAAUUUGACAGAGUCUACGUCAGAAAUGGUUUUAACUUCAAUUGCUCAAUCAUCAACAACAGGAUCUACGGUGUCUUCGAGUUCUAGUGUCUCAACAGUUGUUCCGACAACUUCAACUAGUGAAUCUUUGGUAACUUCUACAAUCAGUGAAACUGCAAUAAGCUCAACAGAAUUUUCUACGUCGGAAGAAAUUGGUGGUAAAGAAAGUUCUACUGUUUCUCCUCAAUCUUCAGUAAUUACGGAAGCAUCUUCACUUGAAUCGACUGGACUCUCAUCAACAUCUUUAGGACAGUCGACAUCUCCAACUUAUGAGACUACCAGCGCCACUGAAUCGUCGACAGUUACAGAAUCUACAUCUCUUCCUGUAGAACAGUCAACAAUAUCUUCAACAUCUACAACAAAUGUAAUUGAAUCUUCGACAGCUGCAGAAUUUACAUCAGUUACUGAAGAACAGUUAACACAAUCUUCAACAUCUUCAACUACAACUGCAAUUGAAUCGUCUUCAGCUGCAACAUCUGUAUCAUCCUCUGUAGAACAGUCGUCACAAUCUUCAAGUCUUGAAGCUACAAAUGCGACUGAAUCUUCCACAACUGCAGAAUCUACAUCAAUCGCUGCAGAACAGUUGACGGAGUCUUCAACCUAUUCUUCAAUGUCUACAACUGAGAGUGAAACUGAACUGUCAACCAUGCAAGCUACAUCAGCUGUUGAUGAAAUUGAAACGACAACUAGAGGCAAGGCCAAAGACAAAGGCAAUUUCUUUCGGUUCCCGCAUACGAAUCUCGUUACUCAAGCUCCUCCACAACCUAAACAUCUGAUUAAAACUAAAACACUGGUAUCUUCAACCGCUAAUGCUGCUGAAUCUUCAACACUGGAAACUAGUCAAUCAUCAGAAGAACAAGCUGAGACUUCAAAAUUAACUUCUUCAACAUCAAACGAAGCUCCUGGAUCAUUAUUUCCAGAGACUGGCGUAGUAACUGAAGUUUCUACAGAUGCUGAUAGUUUAACUAAAUCUAUACCUGAGACUUCAUCCUCUUUAAAUGCUGAGUCUUCUACAAUUGAAGCCACUAAAUCCUCUUCGAGCACAUCAGAGAAUGCUGCAUCAUCAGCAAUGACAUCAGCGUCUUUGGAAACUAGCCAAUCUUCCAAGAGUGUUGCAACAUCUGUAUCGUCUCCAAGCUCUACUCAAUCUUCAAAGUCAACUUCACAACAAAUUACUUCUCCAAUCGCUUCAACACCAUCAGUAGCAUCCACGUCAUCUGUCAGUCUCACUGCUUCUAUUACAGCCUCCAAUGGUACAAUCCUACAAAUGACUGGAUCCCCAGGAUCGUCAACAACUGGAAUAAAAGGACGUGAAGAGAUUUUAGAAGAAAAACUUGAAGAACUGGAAAAAGAAGUAGACGAACGCGAGAAAGAAGUUGGUGACCUUGAAAAUCUACUAGAAAACCAAGAAGAGGAGUUUGAAAAGAAAACAGAAGAGUUGGAAGACUUGAUAAAGGCAUCGACUGAGAAGAAGUACACACUUCCAGGUGACCUUGAAAGCACCAGUACUCUAUCUCCUGAAGGAAUUCAGAUUGAAAGUGAAGAUUCUCGAUACGUUUACGACCCUGAAGAAGAAGUUUGGCGUGAAAAGCUGGACAUAGUGGAUCCUGAAUACAACCAGACUUCGAUGGAGUAUGAAGACUGCACGAGCACGACAUUGAAUUCUGAAGCUGUGAAUCAGGAGACUCGUAGGGAACGAAAACUUCUGGCUAUGUCUCCUAACUCUGUAACGGAGUCAAAAGGUUCUGAUCUUAAGGACAAAACGAUUAAACUGACUGUUCCAUCCUUUGUGCUCAAAGAUAACGAAUGGGUUAACCAAGACCAAGACCAAAAUCUUCCUGAGCCAGUCAUACCAAGGAACUUCAUUCAAGGUUACACUCGAGUCUAUCAGCAGUGGUACAAAGUUCCUCAGAAAAGCUUUACGCCGCGCAAGCAUGUAACCAAGCAAUCCUAUCAAGAAAUGAGUAAGAUGGUCGAGAUUGCCAUGCUGGAAGAUGAGAACGACGAAUUGAUCAAGAAGGAGCAGUUGUUAAAGCAAAUUCAAGAAGCAUUGCAAAUAUCGAAGCAUGAAUUGCGUCGGGUGAAGUCUUCUAUUCUAAGUAAUGCAAUGCGAAAACGGGCUAAGCGUGACAUUGGUUUAAACGGAACAUCUAGUUCGUUUGUUACCGGGACUUUGAAUAGUUCUCUUGUUACUGACAGUGAUAGUACUUCUGGUGUUUUUAAGACUUCCAACUCUUCUCAUGUUUUUGAGAGUUCCAAUACGGUUGGUGUUUUUAAGACUUCUAACACUUUCAAUAUUUCUGGAACCUUUGGUAUUUCCACAACUCCAAUGUCAUCGCCAACAAGAUUGAGCAGCUUCCCAGCAACUGCAACCAAUGAUACUAAAAACUACGUAACACGCAAGUCCAGUUAUACUGUGCAUGUGGUCCAUCUAGUCUAUGACGAUGACUUAGAAGGUCACAGAGUGAAACUAGUGAGUCCAAGUCAAGAAGAUUUGGUAAUCGAUGAAGGUCUAGUUACUUCACAAGAAACUAUUCCAAGCACCACAGAAUCAACUACUGAGACCAUUGAAGAAUCGACGACUUCGUCAACUAUGUGUCCACCUUGCGGACAAACUGCUUCAAUGCCUUGGCCGACUGAAGCUCCAGACAAGUAUCACAUUGGAGAUACUCAGUCUUGGCAUAAGGAAAUUCCUGCUCCUUGUGUCCCGGUUAGAGUUGAGAAACGUAGAUCUGAACUGCGUGAUGGAUUCGUAGAUAAUUUGAGAAAAAAUUUGGAACGGCAGCUCGAAAAGUCGGUUCUAUCGGGUAAGAACAGCUGGAAGUUUAAAUUUGGGCCAAACAGUUCAGAUGAUCGUGACUUGUUGAAGGAAACCAUGAAAGAGUUCAAUAUUUUUAAGACCGAAACUUCUACGGAGUUUUCAGUAGAUGCUCUGAAAAGAUGCUUGGAAACUUCUAAAAACUAUCGUGCUAGCAAAAGUUACCAGUCUGGUGACGAUAGUAUCUCAAUUCUAAAACUAGACGGCCCAGAAUUAGAAGAGUCGAAUGAGCUGAUGUCACCAUCAGAGUUCUAUUGCAUCUACAAAUACGGCUUUUCACAAAAUGGCGAUUCUGUACCACGAAGACAUCUUCUUGCGGUUAAUCAUGGGCCGGUAAAAUCUAGAUCUGCUGGCAAAACAUUGAAGAAGACUUCAACACACCGGGUAUCGAAAAAAGAAAACAAACACAAGUUGAAGAAAUCGGUUGGCAAAAAGAAGAAAUUGGGGAGUCAGAAAUCUGCUAAGCGCAGCAUCUUGGAUAACAUCAAGCAAGCCUUCAAUCACAUGAUAGGCAACGAUGCAACUUCUCCACCUGUACGAGUUGCCAAACAGUCUUUCAAACCAAAGCCAUAUCGGACAAAAGCUUAUCACGUGUCUUCUAAAUUACAUGGACGGAAAAAAAGUAAGACCCCAAAACACAGAAUUCUGUUUCGUAAAUCCGUGGCCAAAAAGCCUCGGCAGAAGCAUAAAUACCAGAAAUUAUGGGUGAAAAUUGAUCCGAAGGACGUGAGAUCUAGAGAAGUUAGAGAGUUGGAAGAACCGGAAUUGCGUAAGAAUAAUCAUGAUCAUCACAACGACGAGAAGAAAGUUCAUGCAGGAGUACCCCGUCGUUUUGAUAGCAGCAAGCUUGGAGUCACUGAGAAGAUCUUGAUCUAUGUGACUAGAAUAAAGAACUCCGGGAACUGCAGUCACGGGGUCAAAUCAAAGAGACAUCGUAAAUCAGCCCUCAGUGACUUGGAUUUCGAAGACUUGUACAAGGACAAGAAUCUGAACCGUCUGAUCUCCAGCUUUGCUGACCGAGUGGUGAAAUCUAUUGAAGGGUCUUCCAGAUCUCUUCGGGAAUUGGAUCCACGUUUGAGAGUGAAAGUUGUCAAAGGUUCAUCUGCUUAUAGAGAUCCUGAAGAUUUUGAUAGUUCAGAUUCCGAGUUUACCAUCGACAUAUCGGAUAUGAACGCCGAUUCUGACGCCAAGUACUUAAAGCGCUCAGAUAAGAAUUUAGUUUCACGAUUAGUCGGAAAAUCUGCUAGAAAAAUGAAUUUAGAGGAUGACUUUGGCAAGAAACGCAACAAUUGGAUCAGAGAAGUCCAGCGGAAUGAAAUCGUUCGGAAACUUAGGCAUAGAUUGCUGUCAGAGUUAGAAAAACGCAUGGAGUCUGAGAAAAUGAAAGACUUGAAGAAAAACGUAGAGUAUGAUAGUCCCAGUUUUGACGAGCCUGUUAGGAGGAUCGACAAACUAGGAGAGAAGUUCAAAAUAAUGUACGCGAUGCACAACAGUCCAAGGCAAGCUAUCAAAAGCUUCAGACGCAAAAGACAUGACGCCAGUUCAUUGCUAGAGGGCGUUUACUUCGACAACCAGAAGGAUAAGAAGCUAAUGAAGGCGCUGAUUGAUCAGAUUUUUGAUGUCCAACGUGGAGUUAACACCACUCUGCAGAUAAUAAAACGAAGGCUAGCUUCUCCAUCAGAUUUUGAUUCCAUGCGUGAUCGAAGGCUGGCAAAAAAAUCUGCCAAGAAAGUUAAGAAAAAAGCUCCAAAGAAGAAAGCUAAAAAGAGCGUUGGUCAUAAGAAGAAGUUAAAGUCUAGAUAUGACGCAGGUCAUAUGGAGGAAUUGAGAAAUGAUAUCGAGCAGAUUCUGAAGGAGGAUACCAAAAGGAAGAAAAGAAACCUAGCAGGGUUUCAAAAACGAAAGAUUCUUUCCGUAGCGUAUGACUACGACGAAGAUGAUCAUUUUGAUAACACGGAAGAGACUGAAGUCAAGAUUAGGAAUGUCAAAAUAAAGUUCAAGGACAAACAGCCCAAAGAGGAUAGGAAAGAACGGAGUAACAAGCAGAACAUCAAGCAGAGGUCUCGUAGGAGAAAUCUUCAGACUAACAAUGAUGUCGAUUGCGUGAAUUGCAUCUGUGACCUGGAAGCUAGCAUUCUGACCUUCAAGAGCAUGGUCUCUGAGAGACACAACCUGCUGGACAGAAUCGCGAGUUUCAAGUGUAAGAAGUUUGUAGACGUGGGGGACAAACUAGAGCUUGCGCCAUCUAGGGUCAUUGAGGAGAUUUAUCCUGCGCAGAAGAGCCUCGCGCAGGCCAAGGGGCUCAAGUACAUCCAGCUGACGGACUUGGAGAAAGUUUUGCAGGCUGGAGAAGGCGUAGGCCGCGACCACGAGAUUCUGUCUUUCCCGGGCGUAGAUUUAGUGAUUCCUUGCAACAGAGAGGGUGGGUUCAACUGGAUGCUCAGUAUCAGCAAGCCUAACUACACUUGGACUCGACAAGAUGACAUUCCUGUCUCUGGGACGGUUCAUAAGAACGGGAACCUAGAACUCAAUAGUCUGAGUAUCCAAGAUGCAGGAAACUACUCUUGUACUCUAACCUACGUGGAUCCAGACAACGAAGAGGUAGUCAAGCACAUCUACAAACAUGGCAUUCAAGUAGUCACGCUUCCGCGCUACUCUUUACGCGGUGGUAACCGCUACCGGGUUGGUAACUGUGAUGAAGAAGCUUUAGAGAUUCUAGCGACUUAUUUGCCCCAGAAGUUUAAUGGAAUUUUAUGCAAGCGCCAUCUUUGUGACACGUUUAUCUUCGCUCCGCAGUGUAACGACCACGAAGCUACGAUCAAAGUCCUGGUUACUCUUUCUUCUUUGUCCAAGACUGUGCCGUUUUUGUCCAAGUGUGGUCUCAGGUGCCACAAAGCUAUCCAAGACAAACUGAUUUUGUUGCUGAGUCAAAAUCUCAGCACCAUCUUGACUAAAAACAUUGUUUUUAGAUUGUCCCAAGGGGGACGCCAAAUAUUGGAGCCCAUUUCCAGAGCAAGAUUCCAAAGAAAAAAAGAUCAUCAUGAAGUUUUUGCCCGCGGCGCUGGCGUCGGGCUUCUUGUUGGCUGCCCUGCAGGUUAUGGGCUUAGUUCUAUUAAUUGUGUUCCUUGCUCACCAGGGUUUCACAGCCAAGAUUUAUCACCGCAAUGUCAGAGGUGUCCAGUAGGAUCCUACCAACCUAAUUUAGGGUCUAGAGUUUGUAGGUUAUGUACUAACCCGUUUAUUGAUGGCUGUUAUGAUAUGCUAUGGACUUCGCCAAUAACUCUGGGUACUUUUUCCGUAGUUAUGAUUGUUUUGGUUAUCGGGCUGAUUCUUUGCAUAACAAUAUCCUGCGUACGGAAAGACAAAGACAGGGAUAAAUGUUUGAUAAUUAACAACGAAUCACGGAAGCCGUUAAUUAGCUCUCGGAAUAACGAAGAUCGUACUUGGAGGAAAAAAGUUGAUUAUAAAAAUGGGAAAAAUGAACGACCUUUUGUUUAUGGUGUUGAUGUAUUUCCGAAAAGAAAAAAAACUAAAAUUGAAGCAAAAAGAAAAGAAACUUUAACUUGCGCUGAUUCUGAUAGUAUCGAUUGUCUUGAGUGUAAAAAAUUAAAUUUACAAAAUUAUGGCUCAAAAAAAAAUCAUAGACCUCCAGUACCGUACCCAGAUUUUGAUAAAUAA